AUGCCCAAAGCAACUUCAGUCAUAACCAACCAAGCUAUUGUUCGAAACGCUCUCAACAAACCUCGCGGUUCUGGCCGUCGUAAUAAUGGUGCAAAUAACUCGAAUAACAAUAAUGUUAAUUCUCUAUCCUCUUCUGGAAAUUCUUUGACUAACCGCGGCCGUAAGAGCUUGACCCUCUAUAACGGAAACGAAAGCGGAAACUUGCAGAUGUCUUCCAAUAGGAGUGGUACCUUCUCAAAGCCCCGUGCUCCAAAGCAACAACAACAACAACAGCAGCAGCAGCAGCAGGGUAGAAUCACUGAUAGUUUUACUUCUGGUGGCCGAAAAAACCGUGCUAAGCUUUUGCCUCUGGAACAGCAGGAGCAGGACUCUAACUAUACCGCCACUAACGACGCUAGUGAGACAAACCCCUUGCCUGACUCGCAGCGUCGCAGAAUUAGAAGCUCUGGUAGCUCCUCUUCUUUCGGCACAAAUAAUAAUAAUAACAACAAUAAUAAUUAUAUUAAUAAUAAUAUUAAUAUUAAUAGUAACAACAACAAUGCAACCUCUCCUUCAAAACGUAACAGAGGCUUACGACAACAAACCUCAAAGCCUUUUGACUCUGCCGACCCCUCUCCUUCUCCUUCCACCGUCUCUUUACCCAACCUUCCCCUUUCCGGUAGACGGGGUAAAUCUAGCAAACCUAACUUGGAUAACUCAUCUCGUCCUUUGCGUCGCGGCGGCAAGAGAUCUAAACAACAGGAUGAUUCUGAAAACUCUGAAGAGGAAAAGGAUCUAAAGGAAGUUUUGUUUCCUGACUUGUAUGGACACAAAAGCUCCAACAACGGGUCUGGUCCUCAACGCUGCAAACUCUACAACAACAGCAACAACAACAACAACAAUAAUAAUAAUUUUAAUAACUACAACAAUAAUAACUCUUUUGAUAAUAACCCUACUGCUGCCACUGCUGGCAGUGGUAGUAAUGGUGGCUCUUCUACAACUUCGCCUUCCAAAAUUUGCUUUGCUGGUUCAAGCUUUUCAAACACGCCCGACCCCUCUGCUCUUCCUAAGCCUGCCUUUAUGGGCAAGAUUUCUCCCAAGGCCCACCACAGUAACCUUAGUAUUGAUACCUCUGAUAACUUGACCGACCAAGAUGCUGCUUCAUCUGUUUCUUCUUCGCCUUCUUCAGUGAGCUCCUCUCCUAUUAAGCAAACUGUGUCUUCCUCUCCAAAAGAGGUUUCUUUGAAGCAGUCUCAAGAACAGUUGAAGCAAGUAUCCCCUCCUGUUUCUCAAGUUGUCGAUAUUCAACAGCAACAGCAGCCACAACAGGCUGCUUCUUUUUAUGGUCUUGUCCCCGGUGGUGCUGCCCCUUACAUGAAUGGCCCUGUUUACCCUUAUUCUUUUGGUCCUACCGGGCCCUAUCCUUCGCAGAAUGGUGCUAUGCCUGUCCCUAUGGCUAUGAAUAACCCUGCUUCUUCACCUUAUUUUUAUGAGCCUAAUAGCCCCUUUUAUGCUCCUCCCCUUUCAGGAAUGCCUUAUCCUAUGCCACCCCAGCAGCAGUUUCCACAACAGCUCCCACCUUUGCAGCAGCAACAACCUAUUGGCCAGCCACUAGGUCUUCAUAAGAACCAAGAAAACUUUGCCUUGGAGAAUGACCUAAAAAGACUGCUUAAUGUUGGUCAUUGA